GAUGUACUGAGAUUAUCCCGACUUUGAAUGUCAGAUAGAUGCAUAGCCUGCUCACUGACUUAUGCAGAUACUGUACAUGACUGUAUGGAGACUCUCUAACUACAGGCAGCAUCAUAGAGCAGGGAGGUAAACAAGUCUUCAUCACAGGGCUUUAUUAUGGGGUUGUGUUUGAGCAUUUAUCAGAACUCCUGGGCCAACUCCUGGGCCUCCUGUAAAUAAAGGUUGUUCUAUAAUCGCUUUAACCCCCAGAAACCCAAAUUUAGAAAACUGCAAAAUCUUUUUUUAACCUUUCACAUGUUGUCGUAGGAGGCCAGAUAAACGGGCCUAUUUACACAUUUUAACAGCCUAUAGUGUUGCAGAACUGAACAAUAGGACCUAUUAGCAAUGUAAAUGUGGUUUUAAAAAGAAAAAAAAUGGGGAAGGUUUAUUUUUGUAGACUUAAAUCUGAUGUUGUAAUAUUACAACCGUGGGUCUCUGGGGGUUAAAGGUUCAAAGCACCAGGAGCUUAAGUCCAGAGUUGCGUUUGUGUCAUCUGAUCAGAAACUCAGGUGUGUUGGAGUUUUUCUGUUAAAAGCAGUGGGACUAGGUCCAGGCCUCCACCAGCUCAGGGUUUGGCCUGAAUGCUUCUUUUCAUUCCAAGUUAAUCGAUUUGACAGAGACACAGGAAGCAGAAGCAGUUCCUCGUCAUCAUAUCAGCUUUCAGCCAAUCAGGUGGUUGGUACCAACUCUCAAAUCAGACAGAUUUUCAUAGUCAUCAUCAGUUCUGCUAUUUCUCGGGUUUUAUCUGUUGGAUCUCAGCGAGUUUCAGCUCCGACGUUAGAGCCGAGAGUCUCGGAUUUGGUGAGAAAGAAAUGGACACUCAUCCAGACCAGAAGACCAAUGUUCUACUCAAAAUUUCCCAUCUGCCUCUGGUUCAAUCGGCGCUCCAUUCAGUCACAUCAGCGUACUCCGUGGUCAAAGAUCGCUUCCCUCUGCUGGGUCUGAUGGGAGCAGCAGCAGAGGUUGGAGUCCGUGGUCUCUCAGAGGAGGCCUUGAGACGAGCCGCGCCCUUCCUCCAGAAUCUGGAACCACAGAUUGAAGUCGCCAACAGCUUAGCUCUGGAUGGUCUGGACCAUCUGGAGAGAAGCUUUCCCAUCUUAAACCAGUCCACAGAAGAGGUGAUGACUCACCUGAAGGAUGCCUUCUUCUUGACACUGGACGAUGUGCAAAUCCGUGUGGUGGAAGGCCUGGACGGUGUUGUAGAUCAGCUGGAACAUCUGGCUGAGAUGGUUUGGACAUCUGUGCAGCAGCUGCAGAACACUCAGGUGGGCCAGGCUGCCUCAUAUGGACUGGACAACGCUCUGAGCCGCCUGGAGGACGCCACUGCCUACUACCUCCCCCUCCCACCGACACUGCGUCGGGAGUGGGAGAUGCGGGUCCAGGAGUAUGAGGAGGAAGAUGAUGAUGAUGAAGAGCCCAGCCUCUGGACCAGAGUCCGCAGCCUCCUGCUGACUUUAAGCUUGCAGCUUUAUCACCGCAUGUCAAAGGUCAGAGGUCACCUGGAGGGAGCAGUCAGGUCACUGGGAGUGGCUGCCGACCGGGUGGGUCUGAGCUGGAUCCUGGAGCUGACAGGUGAGCUGUUGCAGAACCUGCAGAACCUCCUGGUGGCACUGUUGUUCCGAGCAGAGAGUAUUAGAGAGACCACCCUUUGGGAGAUCAAAGACCGAGCCAGCACAUUGGCUGAGCUGAUCCCGGUCCGACAGGUUGGGGAGCUGCCGGACCAGAUCCAGCAGGUUCUCCGAGACCUGCAGGAACUCUCCAAGAUUCUCCUGCAGCUGGUGGUCAACACCACACCGCUUUACAGCAUGCUAGAGCUGCCGUCACCUCAGGAGUUGGAGGACUUCCUGAACCAAGAGGACUUUGUGUUAGAUGGCUCAUCCCGUCGUAGUUCCACAAACAGUCUCUUCCUCAAGGCAAUGGACGGCCGUCCUCGUCGUCGUCGUAGUCUCUAUGCUCGUGCCAACCGAGGCUCUGGUCCCCAAAGUCCUGAGCCCCCCAACGACCGCCGCUCCAGCAUGAAAGAGUCAUCCAAUCCAGAUGUGGAAGGUAUGGCCCCAUCUUCUGAAGGCAACACUUUCCGAAGGCCAUCUGCUACCGAGCUUCUGCUCACUCCACUCAAACAGUUUGUGUCCCAAAGCCAGAAGGCUUUUGAAUACCUGAGCCCCAACUCUACCGGCAACGACGCCAUUGUCGCAGCAACAGAUGACUUUUAAACGCCGUGUUGCAAUUGGAUCUGAUCCCUUCUUAGUCACAGCCUCUGACCCCGCCCCUUCACCCAUUGCAUCCUCUGUUUUAUUUCACUCUUCUAGUGGCGAGAACACAUCCAUGUGGGACUCCCGACGCCUCAAGAACACAUCUGAUUGGCCGGUUUAUUAACCACAGAAAAAGCCUUUGUAGGUUUUCCAUCUAAGCAGAAUUCCAGUCUCGGAGACGAGUGGAUUUCCUGAACUCUGGGCUGAUUUUUCUUUGGAAUAACAGGAAUAUAAACUCAGUCUUUUUACAUUUCAUACAAAAUCCUAUAUUUCAUUUUUCUUACAGAAUAUGAAAGAAGUCUAAUGGUCUAAAAUCUACAUCUCAGAUUUGUUAACAGGCUUUAGCCUCGAGAUAAUUCAUUGAGUGUAUUUUGUGUUUGAUUUAAUGAGAUUUUCUGAAACGAUUCUUUUACCACAGAAAGUCGUGACAUUAUGGAAGUUUUGAUGUUUGAGUCGUUGUGGCUGUUCCAGGAAGUGAUUUCUUCAGUUCUGAAUAAACUCAGUAAUCAUUUA